GCAGCCCUCUCUGUCUUCCGGGUAGCGCGAGCCGCGGGGCUCUGGUUCCGGACGCUGGGGCGCCCGCGCCGGCUGGCCUCCCUCCGUCCGUCACUUUUGGGUCGUGGUUACCCAUCGCCCACUGCGGACUUGGCCCCGGGCCUCCUUCGCUUUCUGUGUCCCUCGCGGGGCCCCACCGGUUCCCAAUGCCGGGCCCUCGGCCCUGGGCAGUGUGAUGCUGCCCGAGUGCGGCCCGGGGCACCGCUUGGGACACGCGCGCGAGGCCGGCUAGGGCUGAAUCGCUGCUGUCCUCCCGCCCAACCCCAGGUGACCCCAAGGUACCAUUUCCCGGGAGCAGCAGCCCUUUCUGAGGGGAUGGGCGCAGCCAGGCCAGAUGGACGAGAAGACCAAGAAAGCAGAGGAGAUGGCCCUGAGCCUUGCCCGGGCAGUGGCCGGCGGAGAUGAACAGGCUGCUAUGAAGUAUGCCACCUGGUUGGCAGAGCAGAGGGUGCCCCUCAGGGUGCAAGUAAAACCCGAGGUCUCCCCAACACAGGACAUCAGGCUGUGUGUGAGCGUGGAGGAUGCCUACAUGCACACCGUCACCAUUUGGCUCACAGUGCGCCCUGAUAUGACAGUGGCCUCCCUCAAGGACAUGGUAUUUCUGGACUAUGGCUUUCCACCCAGCCUGCAGCAGUGGGUGGUUGGACAGAGGCUGGCGCGAGACCAGGAGACCCUGCAUUCGCAUGGUGUUCGACGGAACGGAGACAGCGCCUACCUCUACCUGCUCUCUGCCUGCAACACCUCACUCAACCCUCAGGAGCUGCAGCGGCAGCGGCAGCUUCGCAUGUUGGAAGAUUUGGGCUUCAAGGACCUUACCCUGCAGCCACGGGGCCCCUUGGAGCCUGUCCUUGCCAAGCCCAGGGCCCAGCAGGAGCCCGGGCAGCCAGACGCAGCCUCAGAGUUGCCACCGGUGGGCUGGCAGUGCCCUGGCUGCACUUUCAUCAACAAACCCACACGGCCCGGGUGUGAGAUGUGCUGUCGUGCAAGGCCCGAAACCUACCAGAUACCUGCCUCGUACCAGCCUGAUGAGGAAGAGCGAGCACGCCUGGCUGGUGAGGAGGAGGCGCUGCGCCAGUACCAGCAGCGGAAACAGCAGCAGCAGGAGGGGAACUACCUGCAGCACGUGCAGCUGGAGCAGAGGAGCCUGGUGCUGAACACCGAGCCCGCUGAGUGCCCCGUGUGCUACUCGGCGCUGGCGCCCGGCGAGGCCGUGGUGCUGCGCGAGUGUCUGCACACCUUCUGCAGGGAGUGCCUGCAGGGCACCAUCCGAAACAGCCAGGAGGCGGAGGUAUCCUGCCCCUUCAUUGACAGCACCUACUCAUGCCCUGGCAAGCUGCUGGAGAGGGAGAUCCGGGCGCUCCUGUCCCCUGAGGACUACCAGCGCUUCCUGGACCUGGGUGUGUCCAUCGCCGAGAACCGAAGCACCCUGAGCUACCACUGCAAGACCCCCGACUGCAGGGGCUGGUGCUUCUUUGAGGAUGAUGUCAACGAGUUCACCUGUCCUGUGUGCUCCCAUGUCAACUGUCUGCUCUGCAAGGCCAUCCAUGAGCGCAUGAAUUGCAGGGAGUAUCAGGACGACUUGGCCCUUCGGGCUCAGAAUGAUGUGGCUGCCCGGCAGACAACGGAGAUGCUGAGGGUGAUGCUGCAGCAGGGUGAGGCGAUGCACUGCCCGCAGUGCCGGAUUGUGGUCCAGAAGAAGGACGGCUGUGACUGGAUCCGCUGCACUGUCUGCCACACUGAGAUCUGCUGGGUCACCAAGGGUCCCCGCUGGGGCCCUGGGGCACAGCUCCACCUGCAGCUGCAACCCCUUCCCUCUCUGGCCAUGGAGCUGAGGGUGCUGGAGGGCUGGGAUGGGGUUGAACGCCCUUCACGGCUGCCUCCUUCAGGGCCCAGGGGACACCAGUGGGGGCUGCCGCUGCCGGGUCAAUGGGAUUCCUUGCCAUCCUAGCUGUCAGAACUGCCAUUGAGUCGAAGAUGGUAGUCCUCAAUAUUGAUCCAGACCCACAUGUGUAGCAGCUAACGGAGGACCAGGCCAGGGGUUGGCCACUGUACCUUUAAGCUUGGCCAGGAGAAGGCCCUGAGCUGUGCUGCCAGUCUGCUUGCUGUUACAGGAGCCCAGCUUAGCUGGGGUCACAUCGGUCCCAAUGCCUGCGUUGCUCCACAGGGUUACUGACCAGACCUUAUGGCCCUGAGCUAGAUACUCUACCCUUACUAGCCACCAGCCUUAAACACAGCCCUGGCCUAAGGCCUGGCUGGCUAGUGCUCUGAGCCUCCAGAGUGACUGUUCUCCCUCAGCAUGCUCCCUGAGGACCCACAGCCUCAUCCUUUGCCUUGCUGGCUUUCUGAGCACUUUUGCUGCUGCUGCUGCUGCUGAAGGCCUGGCACCUCUUAGGGCCACUGUGAACCCAAGCAGGUAGAACGUAGGUCAGAAAACACAGCCCAUGGGGUCCAGCUCUGCACCCCCUUUGAAUGAGUGAAUUAAAGUUGUUUUCCAGAAAGGGAGGUGUGUUGUGCUUGAGGGAGCCAGUGUCCUAGGUUGAAUGCCAUACAGGCAGGAUGGGAGCUUGGAACAGCACCUGGAGGUGAUCUGAGGGCCCUGGAGGUUGGGGGAAUCAGGCUGGCUCAGCUCUGACAUCACCAUGCCUAACCCCUGGACAAGCAUUGCUAGGGCCAAUAUCUGCCCAGACUGGUGAAAUUUACAGAGAAGAGCUUGAAGGCUGGAGGGAUGCUGGGGAGGGAGGCCAUGGCAGCAGCUAGACUGAAGGAAAGGCUUGGCUGUUCCCUGUUUCUCUCUGGUAUUUACGGUGAGGAGCAGCGCAGUUUUAGGAACUGCUGCAGCUGAGCAGGGAGGUGGUCCACUUUAUUUAACAGCCAGGCAAGAGGGAAGGCCUUGCUGUUGACAUCUGUCCUGGUGCUUCCCUCCACUGUGACCCAUCCAGUCCCUUCUGAAAUUGGGUGUUGCUGUCACCCCACAAUGAUCUUAACAGUAAGCAUAGUACCUGUGGUGGUCAAAGCCUCACCCCAGAUGCUAGGCCAUGUAGUUUUUCCGGGGUGAAUGUUUUCUAGCCCCUGGAAUGUGGAGCCCUGGAUGGACCUAUAGCCUUGAGUGGGAUCACAACAGGAACCCAGAGAAUGAAGAUUUUUUAGAGAUAAGGUCUGUGUAGCCCAGAUUGUCCUUGAAUUCAUGGCAAUCUUUUCCUGCCUUGGCUUCCAGGGUGUUGGUAUUACAGGCAUGCACCAGGCUUGGCCUGACCAAUAUAUGUGCCCUUAUAUGUAUGCCCUUCCUUCAUUACCUAGUUACCAAAAUCCUACUCAUCCUUUGUAUUUGGUCCUUAAGUCCAAGGCUGACUUAUAUCAUCUGCCAUUCAGACUGCUCUUUAGCCUUCUACUAUAAGUUCCCAGAGUGUAGACCUUGUCCCUGUUAACCCUUUGAGGCUCAUGGCUGCCAUUAUCAGAGGGCAUCACAGGCUGCUGGCCUAUUGUGGUAGAACAAGGAACAACAAAGAAUGCCUACAUCCAGCAUUGACUCCAUGCUCCUGACUGGCUCCUCUGCAGGCAGAGGUAGAAAAGUAGGAACCCAGCUGCUGUGUACUCUUACUGCUGAGAGUGGGGCUGUUGAGAGACUAGACCUGUGGUUCUCAACCUUCCUAAUGCCUCGGCCCUUUAAUGUAAUUCCUUAUGUUGUGAUGAUCCCCAAACAUGAAAUUAUUUUUGUUGCUACCUUAAAACUGUAAUUUUACUAUU